AGAUCCGAGCGGCGAUGUAAUGCCGGAGAGCUAUGCCUUAUAGAAAUGUUCUUAUUUCAGCGAAGCAACAUGGCGCCCCAGUCCCCACGAAGCCUGCACUGUGCAGCCUGCUUCCCCUCUGCCUCCUCUCGCUGGCCUUGUGCCUGGGAGCAGUGGCUGGCCUGCCUGCCUGUCUACCCUGUCCCCCAGCCUGCCGCUGCCUGCGUUGGGAUUCCUCCUGUACGGUUAACUGCUCCAAGGCUGGGUUUCAACAGGCACCAACAAUGAUGGACCUGCCUCCCAACACCACUGUACUGGAUCUUUCAUACAAUGGCAUUAUCUCGAUAGAUGAUAACCUUUUGGACAAUCUGACUUCCCUGGAGAAGUUGUAUCUUCAGGGCAAUAAUAUUAGUAUUCUUUUCAAAGAAAUCUUCGCUGGUAGAAGAUGUUUAUCAGAUAUAGACAUAAGCAACAAUCAGAUAUCUACUUUAGAAGAUGGAAUAUUUGCAGAUUUAUUUAAUUUAACUAAAAUAAACUUGAGUUUUAAUGAGUUUGUCUGUGACUGUAACCUUUCCUGGUUACCAACCUGGAUGAAUGAGGAGGAAGCAAAUGGUGUGAUCAUCGUGGAUAGUGAGUUCAUAAAGUGUGCCAAACCUUCAAAGCUGAAAGACGUGUCUGUGUUAAAUGUUAAUUUUUCAAGCCUACUCUACGGGUCUGAGUUUGCAGCCUGUUCACCUGAUAGACAAUCUCUAGUCAAUUUAUCCUUGAUGUCAAAUUGGAUCUCCAGCACAGAAAACUGCACAGCAUUAUGUUUCAUUGAGGGUGAGCGAUACGCUGCCUUGGACAAUGAAAGUCAUUGUCUAUGCGGUUCUGAAUUGGCACCAGAUUCAGAUUCUAUUUGUAUAGCAGGAGAAAUCGAUAGAGAAUUUAUUCAGGUCUGUGGCUGCACGAUUAUCGAACAAGCAUUUGAAGUUACAGUUGCGAAUUUUGCUGAUCUACGCACUUUUAGCCUUUUUGAGGCUGCACGCCUGACUGUUAAGACUUUAGUUAACAUUAGCACUUUCCAGUGGGACUUUGGAGAUCUGUCUCCACCUUUCAACACUACCAGCCAAACGGUGUUCCACAAAUAUAGUCUCCCAGGAACAUACCUGGUCAGUGUUGCGUUCUGUGUAGGCAGCAAGCCUACGUCACUGCAUGUAGAAAUAAAUGUCACCAUUCCUCCAGGAAGAUUGGAGUUGCAUUGUCCUCCUGUUGUGCAGACAAAUAAAAGCAUUGAUGCUGAGAUCCAAAAUUGGAACACCAACAGUGUUAUAGCAUCGUGGAGUGUUACAACAUCUAAUAAUGACACAAUAAAAGAUGCUCCAUUUUGUCCAUUAGGUGGAUAUCAGCGCAAUAAUCACUGCUACAGGUUGGUUACAAAUAGUUCCUCAUGGCAAAUGGCUCGUCAUUUUUGUCAAUCUGACAGCGAUGGUGACCUGGCAAUUGUAAAGAGUCCAGAAAUUCAGAAUUUUAUAGCAAACAUUACAGGAUGCGAGCAUUCUGUGUGGAUAGGUCUUAGUGAUACUGCGGGUGCUGGAACACUGCAGUGGGUGGACGGGUCCACCCUUGAAAUCUUUCAGGAAUGGUUGCCUGGGCAACAUAAUACACUACUCAGUAAUACCUGUGUGUUGAUGUGUGCAAACCUUGCAGGAGAAUGGACAACAGAUCUCUGUACCACGAAAAGAAAUUUUGUGUGUGAAUACAAAGCUGGAGAAAAGAUUCCAGGUGCCAAUUACUAUCUGUUGGGAUCUCCAGCAUUUAGCACCCACUUACCUGUAAAAAAUAUCACUGUGAACUACAGUUCAUCGACACCGUCAGGACUGGUGGAGCUCAUGGUGUUCCCAGGUCUUUGGUUCAAUCACAAAGGUUUUGUGUCAGUGCUCGAGUUGGCCACACAAAAUCUGAACCACACUAUCCAAGUGAAAUUUAAGAUCUACCGACCAAGAUGUGCUGGAAAAGACAUGCACCUUGUGACACCAGACAAUGAAGAAAUAUGUUCGUCAUUUGCUUUGUGCUUACCUCGAACUCCCAGCAACAUCACCCAUGGCUGUAACAGUGACACCAAAUGGUGCAGUUUGGCUGAAACUUGCUUACCACUCAAAAGACCCUGUGGUACCGAUGUCUUUAUUAAGUGUCCGAAUUUACUCCCACCUCACUUCAGCGAAAGCCAUCCACUUUACGACCUCGUGAAGGAAAUUCCUUGCACAGUGCCAGCUGAGAGCUCGACUCAUUAUGUACUCCUGCUGAGAAAUGAAAGAAUUGAAGUACAGUCCAAUGACAUCAUUGCCAUUCAACAUGAUGGCAAGCCUGGAAGCUUCCUUCAAUGUCAACAGAAUGAUUCCUCACCCUGGCAACAGAGUUACUACAGUGUAGUUUACUCUGGUGAGAGCAGGGGCCUUUGGAUAAAUCUGACCGAUACCAAUUGGACAGAUGGUACUGUGUGCAACCUCCGUGUGCUGUAUACUCACAGACAAGAAAUUAAUGCCAGCAGCCCACUGCUUCGCAAUGGGCAGCAAUUGCCAGGUGUUUAUACUUACCAAGCAAUGGUGGAAAGUGGGCCUUUUUACAGCAAUGCAUCUUGCAAUGUUCAGGUCAUGGCCCCAAUUACUGACUUCAGUGUUAUUUACCCGCUGAAACAAAAUGGCGUGUUCUAUGUGCCAAGGAAUCGACCUGUCAUCAUUGUUAAGGUUAAGUCAUCUGAAAAGACGUUAACAAGUUGGUCUGGGAGCAAUCAAAACUUCAGCUGCGAGAUAACUUGCCCCUCAGAGCUUUCCUCCAACUGUGAAAAGGAUGAUAAUACCUGUUUUUCACGUAUCUUGCUGACUGUCAAAGAUUGCAAUCUAACCAACAUCGUCAUCACCGCAAAGAACAAGGUUAGCUCUGUUAAUAAGACUCUAGCAGUGAGAGCUGAAGAUCCAAUCAAAGGUCUGACGAUUUUGCCUGAUCCAAGUAUUCGGGUGUUGUCCAACUCUCUAGUGACCUAUACAGCAAGAGUGAGUUCUGGAACAAAUGUCAUAUUUAAAUGGACUGUUGAUGACAAAGCUUCCUUCAUACACUACAAUCAAGUGUACAAAGUCAUUUACCGAACUGAAGCGGUUUACAAACUGUCACUGAUCGCAUCCAAUCAUGUGUGCAACCAAAAGAUUAUUUGCAAUGUUACAGUGGACAGGAGGAAUCCCUUAGCCGAGUUCAACGUCUCUGCUGUUCCAGCCAUCCUUGUGCGAGGCUUUUCAUACACAUUUGCUGCCAGUGUGAAGGUAGAUGCAGCUGUCAAUGCUACGUUCAGGUGGGGCUUUGGAGAUGGGAGCUACGAUCAGGUUUAUCAGUUCACAUGCCCGUAUAACCUCAGCCUUUCAGUCCCUCAGCUGACAGCCAAGCAAGCCAUGCUGCAACAAAAUGUUACCCACAUAUACCAAAAGCCAGGUGAAUACAACCUCACGGUGUCUGUCUCGGAUAAGUACGAUAACGCCAGCCAGCUGGUUCCGUUGAGUGUCUACAGUUACCUCAGCAACCUAUCCAUCAACGUGAGCAGCGAGGUCCUGGCCACGGGCAAGCCGGCGGAAUUUGAGGCCAUUCUGCUGCCGUCCCCCCGCGGGGUGACCUACAGCUGGAGCUUCGGCGACAAUUCCACGGAACUCGCCGGCGACCUGCGCCGAGUGACACACACCUUCGGCAGGGCGGACAGGUACAAGGUCACCGUGCAGGCCAGCAACGUGAUCAGCAUGAUCAGCACCCACCGCUGGCUGGAGGUGCUCGACGAGAUCUCCGGGCUGCACAUCGCCGACAACAGCCCCACCGAGCUGUACGCUCCCACCAUCGUGCAGGCCUCGGCCCAGACCGGCAGCCGGCUGCUCUGGGUUUUCGACAUGGGGGACGGCAGCGCGCCCACCGCCACCAGCUCCUCGGUCAUGAACCACACCUACUCCGAGGUGGGCAACUACACGGUGGCGGUGACCGCCCGCAACGCGGUCAGCGCCGCCAACGCCACCCGGGUGGUGCGAGUCUUCGUGCUGCACGUCAGCAGGGUCCGGCCGGCGGGCUGCGUCCGCCAGCUGCUCGACGUUAACUUCACCGCCUACACGCCGGGCGACUCGGCCGGCUACGUCUUCUUCUGGGACUUCGGCGACGGCUCGCCCAACCAGACGGUGCCGGGCGAGCCGAGCGCCAGCCACAACUACACCAGGAGCGGGGUCUUCCCGCUCUACCUGGUGGUGUCCAGCAGCGUCAACCAGGUCAACUACUACUCCAACGUCUGCGUCCAGCCCGUCAUCAGCCACGUGACCAUCAGCCCUUCCAGAAGCUUCCUGGCCGCGCGCCACGAGGGCACGUGGCGCGUGGACGUCCGCCCUGACGGCCAGUACACCUACCUGUGGGAGCUCGAGCCGCAACUUCACGGCCGCGAGGCGAACCUGAGCUUCGCCGAGCCCGGUCUGCACUGGGUCAACGUGACCGUCUUCAACAACGUGUCCUGGGGCGACGCCAGCGCCUCGGUGCAGAUUCAGGAGGCGCUCACCGUGCUCCAGAUCGUCGUGCACGGUGCCCAGUCGCUGGCCGAUCUGGUGGUGCGCCGGCCGUACACCUUCCUGGCGGUGAGCGAUGGCACCCAGGUCCGCUACAGCUGGGAUUUCGGCGAUGGCACAAACGGCACCGGCAACAACCUCUCACACUCGUACGCCGCGGCCGGCCCGUUCCGAGUCCGGCUGCUCGCCUCGAACGCCGUCAGCCACCGUCUGAAGGAGGAGCAGGUCACGGUGAAAACGCCGCUGCGGCGGCUGCAGCUCACCGCCAACGCCACGGUGGCUCCGGUAAACCUCUCGGUGGGCUUCGAGGCCAGCCUGCAGGAGGGCGACUUCGCGCGGUAUUCCUGGUCUUUCUGCCGCUGCUGCGAGGCGACUGAAGGCUCAGCCAACAUCUCGCACGCUUUCACCCACGCUGGCAUCUUUAACGUGACGGUGCGAGUGGAGAACGGAGUGAGCUUUGAGCAGGCCAGCAUCCAGAUCCACGUGCUGGAGGAAAUCCGAGGACUGGACAUGAGCUUGGGUCACCUGGUGGAGGGCUGCUGCUUGGCCGUCAACCAAACCCUGUGGUUCCAAGCAGCGAGCAGGUUUGGCACUGAGGUCUCCUACAACUGGACUGUUUUGCGGGAGGACGUGGUCCUACUGUCAGCUAACACCACCUCCUCUCAAAUAUACUUACAGGAAGCGGGCUUCUAUGCGAUUGUCCUUCAUGCCAGCAACCUUCUGGGGACCGUGAGUGUGAACAGGUCAGUCACAGUCCUGGAGCCCGUUGACAUUGUUUCAGUGUGGGCCUCACCAGAACCAGUGGCAGUGAACAAAUCCACCAGCAUCACCCUCAUCAUGGGCAGUGGCACAGAGGUGACUUACUGUUGGGCACUGGAUGGAAUUGCCACGGUUUCCACCAACCUCUCUUUUAUCAGUUACAGCUUCCAAAGUCCUGGGGUGAAGCGAGUUAAUGCCACUGCAUCAAACAAGCUCAGCUCUCAGAGUGUAACUCUGCUGAUCCGUGUCCAGGAGCCAGUGGCUGAUGUGAUGAUCACUGCAGGUACUUCAGCCAACCAACAGUAUGCAGCCACCAACACCACAGUGUUCUUCCAAGGCAGCACGUCCAGUGGAUCCAACAUCUCUUGGCUCUGGACACUUCCAUUCAUGGUAGAACAGCACUUUGGCCAGGAAAUGAAUAAGUCAUUCCCUUUACCUGGUGUAUACAACAUCAGUUUAAAUGCCUCAAAUGAUGUAAGCUGGGAAACAGCUUCGAUGAACUUCACAGUUCAAGACAAAAUACAAGGACUUCAGCUCGAAGCCUCUAAAUGGGCAGUUGCACCAGGCCAAGAUGUGAUUUUUUCAGUUAAGUUGUCCUCUGGGACAGAUCCCAGGUUUUGGUUAAGUGUUGAUAAUUUUACGAUGCUGCUAAACAGCACAAACUGUAGGUACCUUUUUUCACACCUUGGAACAUACGAAAUAACCUUGAAAGCAGAGAAUCAAGUGAGCUGUGAACACACCAGCAUUGAGAUUCAUGUGCAGGAACCUGUUGCAGAUUUAAGGCUGGUGAAUUGUAAUGAACAAGCCAUCCCAACAGGUGUAAUGAAAAACUUUACUGCUGCAGUCUCCAGUGGCUUUCAGGUUAUGUACCAGUGGCACUUUGUGUUAGGAGACUAUUCUGAUAUUAUCACUGGGCAAAAUGUUUCAUAUACACCAAAGGUGCAAGGCCGAUUAAGCAUCUUCCUAAAAGCAUUCAACAAUGUAUCUGGGGAGGACAUUACAGCAGGGAUCCUGGUACAAAAUCAAAUUUUAAAAGCUAGGCUUACAGUGAUGCCAUCCAUCACUGCAGUCAAUGAAACAGUCCAUUUGAGUCUCGCUGUGACACCCAGUUUCAGCCAAGCAACUUUCACGUGGAAGUUUGGAGAUGGAUCCCAAAUUAACUUUGCAAAUACAUCCGUUGUGUCUCACUCUUAUUUGUGUCCUGGAAAUUACCUGGUAGAAGUUAAUGCAUCCAACCUGGUGAGCUUCUAUGUUGCACAGGCUACAGUGACUAUCUUGUUGUUGAAAUGUGAUCCACCCAAGGUCAGCAUGAUCCUCAGUGAGACUAUGCAGCGAUCUCAAAGAAAUUACUUGGAGGCAGACAUUGACCUCAGAGGAUGUACAGAGUAUCAGGUAGAAUAUUUGUGGGAGAUUUACAAGACCUCCAGGUGCCUGACUCUGCAAGAAGUGAAACAAGUUCAACUUCCAAAUGUAGACUUGAAAAGACCUCGACUGCUUCUGCCCAACCUCGUGUUGGAUAUUGGAAGAUAUUGCAUUGUAUUUACUAUUUCCUUUAAGGGUACCUCAUAUGUGAAGAUCACACAUUCCAGCAUAAUGGUCAUUCCCAGUGCACUUGUCCCAAUAAUAGAAGGAGGAACAUACAGGUCAUGGUCCACAAAGCAGGAUCUUGUGAUGGAUGGUACUAAGUCUUACGAUCCUGACCAGCCGGCUGACAGUCAAACACCUCUGAACUAUGAGUGGUUGUGUACAUAUUCAUGUCUGGAACUUUCUGGCUGCUAUAUAUCUGGCAAGGGAAGUGUCUUCUCUAUUUUUAGAGAAGAACUGAAACGGAAUACAACCUACACGUGCAGUCUGAGAGUCAGUAAACCUGGCCGGGAAUCCCAGUCAGUCAAACAAUAUAUUUCGGUGAAGGGAGGCAGCUCACCACUGGUGUCACUGGAGUGUGUCUCCUGUAAAGCGCAGGAGGUCUAUGGAGUGAGCAAAAGCUCUUAUAUUUCCUUAUCUGGAAGUUGCAGCAACUGUGAAAGCAGUCCUCAAUAUGUGUGGAAAGUAGAAAACUCCAAGAAGCAGUUGCUCACCCUAGACAAUGCCACCACUUCUACUGGGAGCACUGGAAUGAACCUAGUCAUGAGACACGGGGUUCUGGAGGAUGGAGAUGGGUACACAUUUAGCCUGAAUGUCACUGAUCCUUUGAUGGAAAACGUGGGGUUUGCAUCUAUAUAUAUCCCACCGAUUCACCUUCCUUCUGGAGGUGACUGUGUGAUUUUUCCAACAGAAAACAUCUGUGCUUUGACUACCAGCGUCACCUUUACAUGUACAGGUUGGGAGACUACUGGGAUUCCUCUCGUGUAUAGCUUCAUCCUUACUCGCUGUGGUGUUGGAGGAACUCACUGUGAUGAGUUCUAUGUGUAUAAAGGCAGCAGAUCUGAGUACAGUGCAGUCCUUCCCCCUGGCUUUAGCUCAAAUCAAUUCAUUGCUUACAUUGCUGUCACUGUUCAGAACCAGCAGGGAGCCUCUGUAAUAGCUCUGAACCGGUCCGUGGUUAUUAAUAUAACAAAUACUCCUGAAGGGUUCCAAAGUUUCACUGACUGGAUGAAGCUCGAGACUGAGACUAAACUGCAGGAGCUGUUGAAACAAGGUGAUCCACAGCCUACUGUGGAGUAUGCCCUUGCCCUGGUCACAGUGCUCAAUGAGUACGAGAGAAGCAAAGUCUUUGAAAAGGUGUGGACAAAUGACACAAUUAGCAGGAUUAACAUCCGCAGUAACAUCACGUUGGCCCUUACUUCCUUGGAGGUCAGCACUGUGGAUGACAUCCAGCAGAUUUCUGCAGCAUUGGCACAGUGUACGGUCAUCAGCAAAGAAUUAAUUUGUAGCAAAUGUCAGAACCAGACAUUGUUUGCCCUGGACAACAUGAUAGCAGUUCUCCAAAAGGAAACUGGACAGGGUAAAAUGACACCCACCUCCAUUGGGGAUAAUAUCCUUGUCACUGUGGGAGGUCUGAUCGAUAUGACUAAUCAGUUGGUUCCAGUGAUGAAUAAGGUCUCCAGGCCAUCUAUGUACAAACCCGAAUUGGUGGCGACAAAGGCCUAUGAUCUGUCCAUGAAAUUGAUGCAGAUACUGAUGGGUACACGGGUCCUGAAUGAAGAACCUUUGAGUGUGUCGGGUGCAAGGAUGUGGGCACAGGGCAAGAGGGCUGACCCUGGCCAUCUGCUGUGCUUUGCCAACAAGUCAGGCUGCCAGUUCUCCAUCCCGCCAUCCUUCAACAGCAUAUUUUCCAACCUUAGUGAUGUAACACAGGUCAUGUUCCUCGUGGACUCCAAUCCCUUUCCUUAUGGCUACAUAAAGAAUUACACCAUUUCCAGCAAAGUGGCUUCCAUUGAGUUCAAGACUGACAAUGGGUCGCAGAUCCCCAUUGAAAGCUUGGGUUCAGAGAAGGCCAUUACUGUUAGCGUGUCGACCAACUCUGCCAUCAGAAAUGUCACUGUUAAUACAACUGUUAUUGCCGCGAGGAGAUCAAUAACUGUGAAUGUCACCUCUGGAAAUUUGAAUGAAAAGGCUGGGCUUCACAUUCAAGUCACAUACACAGUUUUAAACGAUUCAGGAGCUGUCAUUGCCAAUGAAGCUGAGCCCUUCAUUUUGGUGCUCCUCCACAACUCAACAAACCCAAAUGAGCAAAAUUUCAAAGCCAGAAAGAAGAUUGGUUUAGAAUCAGUAAAAGGAUCAGAUCAUAAGCUCUACACCUUCUUCUUGUCACCAGAUACUGAUGACACAACAAAAGAUUACUAUUUGAAUAUCACAAACUUUUAUACCUCAUCCUCUGUUCAAGUUGCUGUCGGAGUCUACACAUCACUCUGCCAGUAUUUCAAUAUGACUGCAAUGAGCUGGAAAACUGAUGGGAUUUUACCAUUAGAAGAUACAACACCAGAUAUGGCCGUGUGCUUAACACAACACCUGACAGCAUUUGGAGCAAGCCUUUUUGUGCCUCCUAAUUCAGUUGUAUUUAUCAAUCCUCCUUCACCUGUUAUAAAGAAUUACAUCGUCUUGCUAACGUGUGGUAUCUGCUUUGUCAUCUACGCGGUUUCUGCUGUCAUCGUUCGUAAGCUGGACCUGAUCGACAUUAAUCGAGUUGGAAUUAUUCCCCUUUGUGGAAAGGAUGGAUUCUACAAGUAUGAGAUCCUGGUAAAAACUGGAUGGGGCAGAGGGUCAGGCACAUCAUCUCACGUGGGAAUCAGCCUGUAUGGCAGAGAGGACAAGAGUGGUUACAGACACCUGGACAAUGAGGAUGCUUUUCACAGGAACAGUGUGGACUUAUUUCAGAUUGCGACUGACAACAGCCUUGGUAACAUCUGGAAGAUUCGGGUCUGGCACGAUAAUAAAGGUCUUACCCCAUCGUGGUACCUUCAGCAUGUAAUAAUUAAGGAUCUACAGACCAAUAACAGUUACUAUUUCUUGGUCAAUGACUGGUUAGCUGUUGACAAUGAGAAGAAUGAAGGUCUGGUGGAAAAGGAGGUCCUAGCUGCAACGGAGGCCAAACUGAAGGACUUUUCCCGCAUAUUCACUGGGGAAAUCCAAAGAGGAUUCUCGGAGGGGCACAUUUGGCUAUCAAUUUGGAAUCGUCCUCCUCGCAGCUGCUUCACCAGAGUCCAGAGGGUUACUUGCUGCCUUGUACUAAUAUUCCUCUUCUUUUGUGCCAGUGCAGUGUGGUAUGGAAUGAUAAGUGACGGAAGCAAAAGUGAUGUUCCAGUUUCAACAUUGGUUCCUCUGAGUGGAGAGAGUGUAGCAGCUGGCAUUGUAUCCAGUAUAAUCAUCUAUCCACUCUAUCUGAUCAUCGUUCUGCUUUUCCGCAAAGCCCGGAGCAGGGUAGCUAUGCAUGAUCCAGGUCAACACGAAUCAAAUGUGCUGGAACUUGAUGAUUAUAUUGAUUCCUCAACAGCAGGCAGUUCUUUUUUAACAUUUGCAGACAAUGUGGAGGAGGAUUACAAAGAGAAGCUGAAGUCUGAUAUAAUUACCAGCAGCCUGCCGAAUUGGCCAGCCUAUGACAGCAUGAUGAAUUGGCCAGAUUUGUUGAACGAUCAGCCCAUGAUAGGGAGUAACAAUUCAAAGCUAAGGCGAGGCCGAGGAACUCGUCAUCUCGGAAUAGAGACGCAACUGAGUUCAGAUGAUGAGCCCCUCUCGCUUGGCUUCGAUCAAGUCAGGAACAAAUAUUUUUCCGCUUCAGAUGAACGCCUGAUACAAAGAAUUAACAUUGAUGAGAACAAUGAGGUGUCCACCUCAUAUGACAGUGGCAGGGUCUCACUAGAUGCCGAAAGUCACUUGAUAUCUAACCUAACGGAAAUUAUUGAUGGGAGUAAACAACCACGAGCUGAGGCACCAAUCCUAGACCAGACUAAUGAUAAUGGUCAGAUCAUUAGACCUUCCCAAGGCAUUGCAAGAUCAUCUACAACCAGAAGAAUAGCUUUCACUGACCCUCCACAACAAUGUCUGUUCCCAUUCUGGUGUAGUUAUACAGCCCAUGUCCUUUGUUUGCUCCUCUUCUCUGGGUGCCUCGUUGUGUCCAUAUGGAUUGGCGUUAACUUCACUUCCAGGAUUGCCCUCAUGUGGCUCAUCUCAGGAAUCUUCAGUGUUCUCUCUUCAUUCUUCCUCCUGGAACCUCUCAAGGUUCUGACUGAAGCACUUUACUUCACAGUGGUUGCUAAGCGCAUCCAUCCAGAUGAAGAUGACAAUUUAGUGGCAAAGCCACGUGUUGAACAGACCUUGGAAAAAAUUGGCAAAGUGCGGCCUCCUCAAGGAUAUGGCCUUCUCCAAGCAAAGGAGGAGGCCAGGAAGGUUCAGAUUCUUCACAGAAUGCUCAAGAACUUCAUCAUUUAUAUGUUGUUUCUGCUUGUGGUCCUGUUGAUCAAUUAUGGGGAUUCAUUCAAAGACGCUCAGAGCAGACUCCUGCAUAGUUCAAUUAGACAAAGCCUGCUAGGGCCCGGUAAAGGGGUUGAAUUCCAGAAAAUCAGAAGAUCAGGGGAGCUUUGGAAAUGGAUGGCAGAGGUGCUCCUACCGUACCUGUAUAACAAUAGAAGUAGGACGCUAUUGGGAUGUCCAAGAAUACGCCAAAUCCGUUCAAAAAUAAACAAUGUUCAAUGUCUUCAGCAACCUUCGUCGUUACCAAUAAUUACACAGUGUCUUCAAGACCCUGGGCUUCACGAUAACAGUGAUUAUGAGGCUGGUUGGAAGAGUCCAAUUACAAAUCUGAGCGAUACAUGGUCAUACUCGUCACCUGAUCUACCAGGGGUGUGGUACUGGGGCCAGAAUGCUGUGUAUGACAGUGGUGGAUACAUACAGAAACUUGGCAGGACGAGAGACCAGAGUAAUUACACGCUGUGGAAUUUACAGGAAAGAAAUUGGCUGGAUGUAAGGACAAGGGCCGUCUUCAUUGAAUUUACCCAGUAUUUCCAAAAUGUGGAUUUGUACAGUGUAGUCACCCUUCUCCUAGAGUUCCCAUUCUCGGGGGGAGCGUUCACCAGCAUUGAUAUCAAACCAUUCUCACUGCUUCAACUGAGUACUGGAGUGGAUUUUCUGCUCAUCAUGAUGAUUUUCCUCAUGCUCUUCGUUCUUUACUUCACCGUUACCGAAUUGGUGUUGAUCAGCCGCAGGGGCAAAUCUUACUUUCUUCAGUUCUGGAACUAUCUGCACUGGUGCAUCAUUAUUCUCAGUAUCUGUUGUGUGGUUCUGCAUCUGAAAUGUGCCAGAAUUGGCGACAAGCAGUGGGCAAUAUUUCGUUCCAGUCCAAACAGCUUCACCAACUUCUAUGAGAUGGCAUACUUGAGCUACGUAUUCACCAGUGUGACUGCCACCCUCCUUUUUCUGCUAACCAUUAAGGCUGCUCGACAACUGCGGUUUAUCAGAAAGUGGUCCAUCUUUGGGAAAACACUGUAUAAUUCUGCAAAGGAACUGAUGGUAAUUGGUGCAACAUUGGUUGGUCUUGCCCUUGCCUACGCACAGAUUGGUUACUUGGUUUUUUCUGCUAACCUUGAUGACUUCAAGACAUUUGGAAGCAGCAUUCUUUCCCUGUUUGCUGUGAUUGAAAAAGGAGUUUGCUUCAAGCAGUGCCUCUUUGCGUACCCAAAUCUCUGCUAUGUAUACUACACCAGUUACAUCACCAUUGAGGUAUGGAUUGUACUGCGACUGUUUGCGGUGGUACUCAUUCAGAAUUACAAAACAAUGAAGUUGGAGAUGUACAGGCCUGCAGUUGAACCACAAGACUACGAGCUGGUGGAAUUAUUCGUCAAAAGGCUGAAGAUGUGGAUUGGUAUAAGCAAAGAGAAAGAAUUCCGCCAUAAAGUCAAAUUUGAAGGAAUGGUUUCCUUACCUUCCCAAUCUUCUAGAGAUUCAAAAUCAACCAAUCUCCACACAGCCAGCACCAUCUCUGAUAUCUCUUCAUCUUCCACUUCAAGCGUUUCCAUUCCAGUGGACACUUUUCCUCUUGUCAGUCCAAACAAAGUGACACAAAUUGAGAUAAAUAUUCACCGACUGGUUCCACUGUUCGAAACCCUGCUUGAACAGUUUGACAGAGUAAACAUGGCGACAGAGGAUGUCUACCAGAUUGAAUGCAAACUGAGAAAUGUCCAGGACAGAAUGCACCAGAAGAAGAUUAACAAAAAGGCUGAAGAGUUAUUUGCAGCAUACAGCCGGAUCAAAGUCCGGAGACAGGGUGACGAUCUCCAUUCAUCCCUUUGGAACUCGAGAGGUAAUACAAGGACAAAUAACACAGGUGGCACUCAGGAUGGGCAACAGCCUGGAAAUAUCCCAUUAGCAGAAGACAGUACAAAGCAGGGCCUCCGACGGAAAGGGCCUCAUCCACCUCGAAGGAAGUCUAAAACUUCAGACAAGAAGUGGCAGCGCAGAGCUUCAGAUGAUCAAACACCUCAAAGCAGUGAGUGAGUAGGGCUUAGAAUCUUACAGCACAGAGGUCAUGCAGCCCAUCAUGGCCUGUGCCAGCACUCUGAAAGGGCUACGAAUGAGUCCUUGUCUACUAAUGGCUCUGUUAAUUGACUAGUUUUCUUACUAAAACAAGAAAGAGAUCAACAAAUGGCACUGGCAUCCUAGAAAAGUGAUGAGCAAAGAACUACACGGGGCCAACAAAGCUGCUCAGUAAAUGUGCUUUGGUUUUGCCAGAAGAAUUUUUAAAGAAUGAGAUUGAGAAUGUUGCUGCUUGAAGCAAGGACAGAUAUAAGUGAACAUUUCACACCUGAGUAUAACCACCAUGAUCUGGGGACACUGCAGGGCACCACAGACCAGUUAUUUGUCAGACAUGGUGCAGCAGGCCCUUAAAAAGGAUGGAUAUUUUAAAAAAGAGUUUACUUUAUAUGUAUUAACAAGCACUUUAAUUGAGGACAGCUCAGAAGGAGAGAUUGUACAAAUUUGCUUUUUGUUGCCAUGCACUUAAAAGGUGCACUUAUUUAAAAAAAAAGCUGUUUUAAUUACUUAAUUUUGAAUUAACUUCAGUUGAUCAUUGAAAAAUGUCAGAGCACACAAUUAAUUUUACGAGUCAGUAUUUUUGCUUAAGUUUCAGUAGAUCAGUUCUGUUACAGAAUGUAAUAUGGAAAUUUUGUGUUGACUUUAAACUGUAAAUAGAAUUUUCAAUGAAACUAACAUCAUCCCAGCACUGCGACUAGGAAACAGAUUAAGUAUUAUAAAAUGCACAUAAAUCACAAACAUGUUGACAUACCAUAUACCCAUAUCUGAAACUAGUAGCAAUCGUAAAGUUAACUUACUACUCAUCUUAUUAUAAAGAGUAUGCUGGACAGAAAAAUAUGAUUAAAUACCACAACAUUCAAAGCAAUAAUGCCUAUAAAAACAGAACAUAGAUUAUCACCCUGCAGGUACUGUUGAAGAAAACAUUUUAUGGAAAGAAAAUGAACAAAUUAGAAUCAGAUACCCGAUUCUGAACUCUUGACAGCAAGGGUGCUUUUGACUAUGUGUGGCAUUCAAGGAGCCCAAAUAAAUUUGAAUCAGAUAGAAAACUGUCCGCUGGUUAGAGUCAUACCCAAUAUACACAAAGUUUGCUGUUGCUGGUAGUCAGCCAUCUCAGCUCCAGAACAUUUUGAAGGAGGUCCUCACAGUAGCAUCCCAGACUCCACCAUCUGCAGCUGCUUUUUAUUUACUUUCUUCCCCCCCCCCACUCCAUCAUAAGGUCAGGAGUAGGGAUGCUUACCAAUUAUUGCACAAUGUUCAGCACCUUUCAUGACUCCUCAGAUAUUGAAGCAGUGUGUCCCCUUUUGCAGUAAGACCUGGACAAUAUUCCAGGCCCAAGCUGACAAGUAGUAAGUAACAUGCAACCCACACAUACAUUUGACCCACAUAUGCCAGGCAGUGACCCUUUCCAACAAGGUAGAGUCUGUCCAUUGUCUCUUGACAUUUAGUGGGGAAAUUCAGAGAUUGUAAUAUCAUUAUCAAUAGCCUGGAAAAGUAAAUAUUGACCAGAAACUGGACUAUAAACAAACAACAAUAUAACUACAAGAAUAGGUCAGAGGCUAGGAACCCUGCAACAAAUAACGCAGUCCUGAUUCCUCAAAGCCUGUCUACUAUCUACACGGCACAGGUCAGGACAGUGAUAGAAUACUCCACAUUCACUAGAAUGAGUGCAGCUCCAAUAACAAUCAAGAAACACAAUACCAUCCAGAACAGAGCAGUCCCAUUUGAUUCAUACCACAUCAAUAAUUCACUCCCUCCAUCACUGAUGCACUGCAGCAGGAGUGUUUAUGAUCUACAAGAUGCACUGCAGGAAUUAUUUGACAGCAUUGGGGUCGCACGGUGGCUCAAUGGUUAGCACUGUUGCCUCUCAGCACCAGGGACCCGGGUUCCACUCCUGCCUCGGGCGACUGUCUGUGUGGAGUUUGCACGUUCUCCCCGUGUCUGCAUGGGUUUCUUCCAGCUUCUCCGAUUUCCUCCCACAGUCCAUAGCUGUGCAGGUCAGGUGAAUUGGCUAUGCUAAAUCACCCAUAGUGUUAGCUGCAUUAGUCAGAGGAAAUGGGUCUGGGUGGGUUACGCUUCGGAGGGUCGUUGUGGACUUGUUGGGCCGAAGGGCCUGUUUCCACACUGUAAGGGAUCUAAUCUAAUCUAAAACAAUGACUGCUACCAUUCAACCACUAAAGGGACAAGAGCAGUUCCCCUUCAAGCCACUUGGAAUUCUGACUUAGAAACAUAUUGUUGUCACUUACUGGUCACUGGGACAAAAUCCUGCAAUUCUAUCCCUAACGACAUUGUGGAUCUCCCUACAGCAGACUGUAUGGAUUUAAGAAGGCAACUCAUUAACAUCACGAGGGCAACAAGGGAUAGGCAAUAAAUAUUGUGGUUGUGGUAGAUGAGGUACCCAACACAUCUGUUUCUAACAGCAUGGGAAAGCUUACACGAGGAUGUUGUUGCACUGUAGGCCAGUAUUUAGUGAAUAGAUUGUUAUAAGCCGAUGUCAUUGAGAACAGGGCUCUCUGACCACAAGAAUGAGGUACUCUCACUGAUAGCAAACAAAAGGAAUAGAUGGAUUCCUUCACUGGUGCAAACAUCCUUGCAGGACUUGGGAUAACCAUGGACUCAAAUGCAGGCACCUCAAAGGCUGCAAACUGGAUGCAAUUCUGCUUUGGCUGGGAGCCAAGUACAUCUUUUUAGUAUUUCGCUGGUGCAAAGGAUUCUUUCAUAAUCAUAUAACAUUUAAAGAUGUAGGAAAAAUGCACUAGCUUAAGGCCCUGGUAUUAGAAUUCCAAUGUUCAUUUAUCAAUUUAGUCGCUGUACAAAGUUGCCAUUGUCUGAAGAUCCAUUCCUUUGAAUCAUCAGUAGACAGUAUUAAUGUAGGAUUACAAAUGUAAAUAAUCGUAGUCUUUAUGCCAGAAACAUUUCUGAUGCACUG